GCGGUGCUGAGGAGGGUGGCGGCGGCCGUCGGCGGAGCCGUUCCCGUUCCGUCGGGGCCCCCCGGCCGGAGCUAUGGUGGAGGAGGUGCAGAAACACUCUGUCCACACUCUUGUGUUCAGAUCAUUGAAGAGGACCCAUGACAUGUUUGUGGCUGAUAAUGCAAAGCCUGUGCAGUUAGAUGAAGAGAGCCACAAGCUAAAGAUGUCAGUGAAGCUCCGUACAGAAUAUGGCCCUGUAUUACACAUGCCCAUUGUGAAAGAAAAUUUUAGAGAGAAAGGUUCACAGAGUUCAGUGGAUCCUUAUGGGCACAAACAGUAUCCUGCAAAUCAAGGACAAGACCUUGACUAUUUGGUGACUGGAACACAUCCCUAUCCAUCAGGACCUGGUGUGGCUCUGACAGCAGACACUAAGAUCCAAAGAAUGCCAAGUGAAUCAGCUGCACAAUCACUAGCUGUAGCACUCCCUCCUUCUCAGUCCAGGAUAGAUGCAAAUCGCACGGCAGCUAGCGUAGGCGAUAUUUACCGGCAUGCUGGAAUUGCCGAACGCUCACAGCCGCCUGGAUUAUCCAUGGCUCUAGUGGAAGCAGGUGGUACAAAGAACUCAGCACUGAUGGCAAAGAAAGCUCCUACAAUGCCCAAACCCCAGUGGCACCCGCCAUGGAAACUUUACCGAGUCAUCAGUGGACAUCUAGGUUGGGUCAGGUGCAUUGCAGUGGAACCUGGUAAUCAGUGGUUUGUUACUGGCUCUGCAGAUAGAACCAUAAAGAUCUGGGAUCUGGCCAGUGGCAAAUUAAAACUCUCAUUGACCGGUCACAUAAGUACAGUAAGAGGGGUGAUCGUAAGUGGAAGAAGUCCAUAUCUCUUUUCUUGUGGAGAAGACAAACAAGUGAAAUGUUGGGACCUCGAGUAUAACAAGGUUAUUAGGCAUUACCAUGGGCAUCUAAGUGCAGUGUAUGGUUUGGAUUUGCACCCAACAAUUGAUGUGCUAGUAACUUGUAGCAGAGAUUCAACUGCACGUAUUUGGGACGUGAGGACAAAAGCCAGCGUGCAUACAUUAGCAGGACACACAAAUGCAGUGGCCACAGUGAAGUGCCAAGCUGCAGAACCUCAGAUCAUUACAGGAAGCCAUGACACCACAAUACGACUAUGGGAUUUAGUGGCAGGAAAGACUCGUGUCACUCUAACAAAUCACAAAAAAUCAGUUAGAGCGGUGGUUUUACAUCCAAGACAUUAUACAUUUGCAUCAGGUUCUCCAGAUAACAUUAAACAGUGGAAAUUCCCUGAUGGAAACUUCAUUCAAAACCUUUCUGGCCAUAAUGCUAUUAUCAAUACACUAGCUGUGAAUUCUGAUGGAGUGCUGGUAUCUGGAGCGGAUAAUGGCACUAUGCACUUAUGGGACUGGAGAACCGGUUACAAUUUCCAAAGAGUACAUGCAGCUGUGCAGCCUGGAUCUUUGGACAGUGAAUCGGGAAUAUUUGCUUGCGCUUUUGACCAGUCUGAAAGCCGAUUACUAACCGCUGAAGCUGAUAAAACGAUCAAAGUCUACAGAGAAGAUGAUACUGCGACUGAAGAAACUCAUCCGGUCAGCUGGAAACCAGAAAUUAUCAAGAGAAAAAGAUUUUAAAGAAAUAGUGCAUGCAGUGUGUGCCAUUGUUUUAUUUUGGUUUUUAUAAGUGCAUUCAGUCACAAUGUGUUCUGUCUGGGACUGUAAAACAAAAAUUCAGCUAUAAGUCAUUGCUAUCUCACCACAUUUUACAAUAAAAAAAAAUCCCUUUCUCUUA